GCCAGGCAGGGGCGGGGCCGGGGGCUGGGGGGAGGAGGGUGAGGAACAAGAUGGUGGCGGUGUCCUGAGAGCCCUGGAGCGCGAGCGGGCGGGCAGUGCAUCCCCGGCACCAUGGACCCGGCGUGCAGUGCCAUUGUACACGUGGACUUCCCUGAGAUCACCAGCGCCCUGCUGGAGAACCUGAACCAGCAGCGGGUGGAGGGCAAGCUGUGUGACAUCUCCAUCCACGUGCAGGGCCGGGUGUUCCGGGCCCACCGGGCCGUGCUGGCCGCCUCCUCGCCCUACUUCCACGACCAGGUGCUGCUGAAGAACAUGACGUCCAUCGUGCUGCCCAACGUCAUGGACCCGGGUGCCUUCGAGACGGUGCUGGGGUCCGCGUAUACCGGCAAGCUGAGCAUGGCCUCAGAUGAGAUCGUCAACUUCCUCACCGUGGGCAGCGUGCUGCAGAUGUGGCACAUCGUGGACAAGUGCACGGAGCUGCUCAAGGAGGGGCGGGGCACCGCCGGCCCCUCACCUUCCUCCUCCUUCCGUGCCCACUCCAGCCGCACCAGCGAGAACCAGUCACCCAGCAGCAGUAACUACUUCAGCCCCCGGGAGACGGGUGAGGGGCCGGAGCACGGGCCUGCCAAGUAUGCACUGCGAGGGGCGGCAGGUGGCAUAGAGCGGGACGGAUCGGAGGGGCCAGACGAGGAGGUGAUCUUCCAGGCCGAGAAGGGUCCCUCCCGCUGCCCCGAGCCCUUCUCCGGCGGCAGCAAGUUCAUCCUGGAGACGGAUGAUGACGUGAGUGACAGCGGCGGGGAUGGGGGCAGUGGUGGGGGCGGGGGGCGGCGCCCAGCCUACGUGCAGCCUAGCAUCAUGCCCCAGAAGCAGUGGGUGUACAUCAAGAAGGAGCGGUCCCAGGAGGACUUGGUGCUGACAUGCGAGGAGGACGAGGACCCGGUGGAGGUGGGGCCGGCCCCCGGUGAGCCCCCCCUCAGCAUCAGUGAUGUGCGUACGCUGACCGAGCCCUCCGGGGCCAAGCUGGAGGAGCAGGUCAACUUCUGCGAGUCCUCAGAGGACUUCCCCUCGCCCUACGAGGGGCUGGAGGAGGGCCCGGGCGGCGGCGGUGGCAGCUUUGCCCAGCGCUCCCUCAUGCCCAUGGACAUGCAGGGCAACCAGAUCCUGGUCUUCCCCCCGCAGGCCCCCGUGGAGCACGGGGCUGUGCAGCUGGCAGCCGGCUCGGGCGAUGGCAACAAGAUCUUCAUGUGUCACUGUGGCAAGGCCUUCUCCCACAAGAGCAUGCGUGACCGGCAUGUCAACAUGCACCUCAACCUGCGCCCCUUCGACUGCCCCGUCUGCAACAAGAAGUUCAAGAUGAAGCACCACCUGACCGAGCACAUGAAGACGCACACCGGCCUCAAGCCCUACGAGUGCGACGUCUGCGCCAAGAAGUUCAUGUGGCGAGACAGCUUCAUGCGCCACAAGGGGCACUGCGAGCGGCGCCACCGCCUGGCCGGGGCCGGCGGGGGACCCAAGAAGGAGCCCGUGGUGGCAGCUUCUGCCACAGCGCCCCCCAUGAUGCUGCUGCUCCUGGCCCCGCUCCUGCUCCUGGCCCUGGCACGGGGGGUCUGGGGAGAAAGGGAGAAGCCUACGUUCUGCGGGGAAGUCACCGAAUGUUUCACCUUUGAUCUCAUCUGCAACAGCUCUGACUACGAGGCCCGGCUAUACCCCCCCUCGGCCUGGGUCAGCACCCGCGUGAACAACACGUACACAGCCGCCAAGACCACCGGCUUCUGGCGCCUCUUCCGCUACAUCCAGGGCUGGAACCAGCUGGGUGCGAAGAUCCCGAUGACGUCACCAGUUCUGACCCGGGUGGACCAGGCUGCUGGGGAGACGCAGGAGUUCACCAUCUCCUUCCUGCUGCCGGCAGCGUGGCAGGGCGACCCCCCGCAGCCCACCCAGCCUGUUGUUUUCAUCGAGCGGUUCCCUGCUCUGCCCACCUACGUUCGCUCCUUCGGGGGGUGGCUCACGGACGCCAAUCGAGGGACCCACAUCCGGGCCUUGAUGCCUCUCUGGGGCGGGACGCCCGGCACUUCGACCGCUCCUGGCACUACUCUGCCGGCUACAACAGGUGGGGGGAGACCUGUCUGCUGCCUCCCUGGGGUGCUGGGGCAGAGCAGGGGCCAGUGUUCCUUGGGGCGCAGCAGCAGGGAAAACCACGAGGGAGCAACUCAGUAG